AUGAAUACCGAUAUUGUUCAGAGCCGGUUCCUUUCCAACCCGCAGGACCUUGGUGUCGUUGCGGUUGGCUUCUCCAAGGGUCAGCCCAAAGCUGGUGUCGACGCUGGCCCCGAAGCUCUCAUCGACUCCGGCCUCCUUACCCAGAUCAGGGAGGAGCUUGGCUACAAACUGCAUGGUGACGCCAAGGUCCAAAAGUACGAGGAGCUGAUUGCUACCACCGACGCCGACCACCGUGGCAUGAAGAACCCUCUCACCACGUCGGCCGUCAACCGCAAGAUCUCCCAGCAGGUCUACGAGCACGCCAAGGAGGGGCGUCUCGUCCUGACUCUUGGUGGUGACCACAGCGUUGCCAUUGGCACUGUCACUGGCAGUGCCAAGGCUGUUCGCGAGCGUCUGAACCGAGAGAUUGCUCUCAUUUGGGUUGAUGCUCACGCCGACAUCAACACUCCCGAGGUCAGCGACAGUGGUAACAUCCACGGCAUGCCUGUUGCUUUUGCCUCUGGCCUGGCCAAAGACGACAAGGAGGAGUACUUUGGCUGGAUCAAGGAUGACAUGCUACUCAAUGUCAAGAAGCUUGUCUACAUUGGCCUUCGCGAUGUCGACAAAGCCGAGAAGCAAAUCCUUCGUGAAAACGGCAUCAAGGCUUUCAGCAUGUUCGACGUUGACCGCUACGGUAUCGGCCGCGUUGUCGAGAUGGCUCUCGCCUACAUUGGUGCCGACACCCCCAUCCACCUGUCCUUCGACGUCGACGCUCUCGACCCCAUGUGGGCUCCCAGCACCGGCACUCCCGUGCGCGGCGGUCUGACUCUCCGCGAGGGCGACUACAUUUGUGAAGCUGUACACCAGACUGGUUCCUUGGUAGCCAUUGAUCUCGUCGAGGUCAACCCCAGCUUAGCCGCCACCGAGGCUGGUGCCCAGGAGACUGUUCGAGCUGGCUGCUCCCUAGUGCGCUGUGCUCUUGGCGAGACACUUUUGUAA